GAGACCCUUCAGUUACUGGACGAGGUGCUAGACCUUUUUCAUGAGAACAAGCUCAUUUUCAUCGAUCUCGGCAUUCGAACCAAUUUUAACCUACUGAAGUUGCAUGCUGCUUGUCACUAUCCUCGGAUAAUCAUGCAGUUCGGCUCAACUGACAAUUAUAACACAGAGUACACAGAACGGCUCCAUAUCGACUUGGCGAAAGAUGCCUACCGCGCUACGAAUCACAAGGACGAGUUUGCCCAAAUGACCCGCUGGCUUGAACAAAAGGAGAAAGUAUUAAGACAUCAAAAAUAUGUUAGUUGGCGACUCGCUGGUAGCCAUGAGUUGGAUCCUUACCAUUCACGCCCACCAGAUAUGACAUUCAGUCAUAAACAAGUCAUGGUGAAACACCCCUGCACAAAGUCCGUCAGCCUCGAAAUGCUGGCUACGGAUUAUGGUGCUACUCAUUUUCGAGAUGCCCUUGCACGCUAUAUUGCUCAGCAGAGUCGAGGAAAUGAUCCCACACCACUUCACGGUCGCGCACUCGAUGUACUGGCACACGACAUCCAUUUUCCGUUCCAUCGACUGCCUGUCUUUCAUAAGGUCAAGUGGUGCUCGGUUGAUGCCUGCGGCCAUGGCAAUGCACACGUUACUUUGGACAGUGUCCAUGCAAAACCACAACGCAAGUUUGGCUCUCAUGUCAUUGCUCACCGAUCCAAUACAGCUCUAGUGAGGCUGGGUGCGAAUUUGAAGGAUCUUCGAGAAUUCCGUGUCGGUCAAGUUCGAGUCAUUUUCACCUUACCACCAAAGUUCAUCCCACUGCUCUUCCCACCAACAAUCCGUCUUCCUACUCACCUUGCAUAUGUUGAGUGGUUCACACCAUUUUUGCCAGCUCCAGACCGCAAUAGCGGACUAUAUAAAGUCUCGCAUUCACUGCGCGAUGGUGACACCAUGGCUAGUAUUGUGUCGAUUGCUGACAUUGAGUGCAGUGUUCAUCUUAUACCGAGGUUCGGUGUUAUGGCCCAACAAGAGUGGACGAGUGAUACAGUACUCGAGGACUGUGACUAG